GCCUACCUCUCUAUAAUGAAGAAGGCCGAAAGGAACCGUAUAGAGUUGGAAACUAUAUGGAGUAUGCAGACAUCGCAAAAGAGUAUAAUAUGAAAAUAGAUAUCAACCACUAUUUAGAAAAAACAGUGGGAAU